AGAGCCGGGCCCCGCGGAGGCUGCUGCCCCAGCCCGGCCGAGCCUAGGGGAGCCGAGCGGAGUGCGGCACGGCGCCGCUCCAUGCCCCCGAGCGCUGGCGGGGCGCGGGGCGUGUGCCGGCGAUGCCCGGGCGGUAAGGCUGGAGCUGCCCCCGGACGGGAGGCGGCCGAUCGCUAGGCGCUUCUAGCAAGAAUCGGGACUGCAGGAUGAAUAAGAGAUACUUACAGAAAGCAACAAAGGGAAAACUGCUAAUAAUAAUAUUUGUUGUAACGCUGUGGGGGAAAUUAGCAUCUGGGGCAAAUCACCAUAAAGCUCACCAUGUUAAAACUGGGACAUGUGAAGUGGUGGCUCUUCACAGAUGCUGCAAUAAGAAUAAGAUAGAAGAAAGAUCACAGACAGUGAAGUGUUCCUGCUUCCCUGGGCAGGUAGCAGGUACCACCCGGGCAGCUCCUUCUUGUGUUGAUGCUUCAAUAGUGGAGCAGAAAUGGUGGUGCCACAUGCAACCAUGUCUUGAAGGGGAGGAAUGUAAAGUUCUUCCAGAUCGUAAGGGAUGGAGCUGUUCCUCUGGGAAUAAAGUGAAAACAACUAGGGUAACCCGAUAGCUAAAGACAUAUCAAACCAGUCUCAAGGCUGAUAACAUUAAAUACAGCACAUAGGAAUUUCAUUCCUCCAGGCAAUCCUUGAAGAGAAAUUUUAUACUGCUGGGGUGUAUCCUUCAGAAUCAAUUGUUUCAAUGAGAACCUGGC